AUGGCGUCUGGUCUCGCAUCGCUGGCUGGUUACGGCAGCGACUCGGACGAAGAAGGUGCUGCACACGCUGUAGCAUCGACCAGCAGCCAUGUUGCGCCAUCUGCACCGGCAGCGCCUCCACCUCGGCCAUCCUCGUCCAAGCUAGGAGCGCUGCUUCCACCGCCACGAGCCGGACUCGAAUCCAAACUUCCUCCGCCAUCCUCUUCAGCGAGUGGGAGCGGCAUAUUUCUGCCGCCGCCCACUUCGACCACAUCGAGCAAGCGCAAGGUGAUCAAAGUCGAUUCGCUUCAAUCCUUCCAGGCGAGCGACGAUGGAAACGACCCGGACGAGGCUGACAGCAAGAAGCCCAGGCUUGGCUCGAACCUGCAGAAAGGAUCUGCGAGCAAGCAUUCCCUCUUUGGAAUGCUUCCCGCACCGAAGCGGAAAGACGACGAAGUUCUGGCCGAGAGGAACAAACAAGCACAGGCGAGGAGAGAAGCAAAGGCGAUCCAAGACGCGGAGGCUUCCACAUCCACACAGACACCGCUCAGCAUCAAUGAGGCCGUUUUGCGCGCCACUUCUCCUACUGAUAAUCAGCCAAAUCUGAAGGAUGCAGAUGAGGCAGACUUGGCUGCUGCGGUCAGCAAACCGAAGGGCAAGAGUAACGAUGCUUUCAGAGCCAUGCUUGGUCUCAAGCCCUCCGCAACGAAGCCACAAGUUCCGCCUGCCACCUCGGCCUCCUCCUCUACAAGCACAGGCAUCAAGCCAGACACGACGACUCAGAACUUGUCAUCCAAGACACCCUCGCAUCCAUCAACAACAAUAUUGAACGUCGCUCCAGGUCCAGGCAGAACAGCACCGAGCAAGCUGGAGGCUAAGGAUUCCAUUGACUUUUUCUCCCUCGCCUCGAAUCACCCUUUCAACAACAACACUGCAUCUGCACCACAAUCUUCAUCGUUUGUAAUCUCGUCAGCCCCAACAAUAGAGCGUCCUGGAAGCUCCUCAUCUCAUCCCAACGCUAGCAUCGACGACGACGUUGACGACGACGAUUCAGCCGAGUAUCCCGGCUGGCAACUCGAUCCAGAUGGCUCGUGGGUGCCUGUCACACCCGAAGCACAUGCUCAGCUGCUCGCCUACCAGCAAUCUCUCUCACGGUCCACUCCUUCCACUACUCCCACAUCCAAGAGUACGUCCAAUCUCGACGGCACACGCGAUCUGCUAGCCGCAGGCUUGACACCCGAAGACAUCCGUGCGUUCGAUGCAUCCACUGCAGCUCGCCAGGCGUAUCUCGAUCCCAACGGCGACGCGGCGGACAACGACAAGUAUGCAGCAGCAGCCGAAUUCGCCGCUGGAAACAGAGAGGUUCAGCAGAGGAAACCAGGCAUGCUCAAGGGCUUGAGAAAGGGUCAGCUCAGCAGUCUUGUCAGUCUGGCAGGCGAAAACAGAAGUCAGCUCGAGAAAAGAUGGCAGAGAAACCGCGAGGCAAAGGCUCAACGCUCGACUCGAUACGGUUUCUGA